UCCCAGGUGCAGUGAACGCCCUCGGUGAGUGGUAGCGGGCCUGAAACAGCACUUUCCUCUAGAAGCAGCAGUGGCCAAUUCCAGGUCUGAGGAGCCCUCAGCAGCUGCCAGGGUCCACUUUGAAGAGGCCGCCGCCGGCCGGGGCAGGACAGUUGGAUCGUCCGUAAGAUGUAAGAUGACGACUAAUGGAUUGUUUAGCUCCGGCGAUUCCAGGGAAGCAGCACUGCUGUAGAGAAAGGAUGAUGCAUUUAACUUGACUUUUCUGAAUGAUCUAUACCUCAGGGUGACCAAGUAGUCGAGGAGGGAAAAGGUCUCUUUAUGUAAAUGUUUCCACUAAUAAAUGAUGAAGGAAUUGUGGAACCAGACUGUUGAAAAAUAUCCAACUAUGAGACAAAGGGGCCAGGCCAUAGCCAUCGGUGGCAGGUCACUGCCCAAUAUUAUGUGCCCCCUGAUGGAAGCAUUCUUGAAAAAACAUCACACUUGAGUUAAAUAAAGCCUCACGAUCUAACCACCAGUCUGUAAGAAAUACAGGGGCUGAGAAGCAUCCUCAAAGUUCUGACAGAGAUACAGCCUGCAGGAGCCAGAAAGUGGGAUAUUCUACAGGGUGACCUGCCCUGGCUAUUUAACAAAUGCAUCAAGAGACUUAAGAAUUGUGUCGGCUCAGAGCAGUCUAUCGAUGGACCUGAUUUGCAUCUUGAUUUGAACAAACUAUUAAAAAAAAAUAGGGAGGGCUAACAUCUGACCAUAUUUUUCAACAAGCUCAGAAGUGAACAGAGGAGAAUGCACAGUAACUAUCGGCAGAGGGGGAGGAACCAGAAUUCCUCCAGAGAAAUUCCUCCUCACACAGACUUUCCAACGGGGUGUUCCAUGGAGAACGAGCCUGGAAUUGUGUCGCCGUUUAAACGAGUAUUCCUAAAAGGUGAAAAGAGUAGAGAUAAGAAAGCCCAUGAGAAGGUGACAGAGAGGCGCCCCCUGCACACUGUGGUGCUGUCCCUGCCUGAGCGCGUCGAGCCCGACAGACUGCUGAGCGACUAUAUCGAGAAGGAGGUGAAGUACUUAGGUCAGUUAACAUCCAUCCCAGGAUACCUGAAUCCCUCCAGUAGGACUGAAAUCCUGCAUUACAUAGACAAUGCAAAGAGAGCCCACCAGCUCCCCGGACACCUGACCCAGGAGCAUGACGCUGUGAUCAGCCUGUCUGCCUACAACGUCAAGCUGGCCUGGAGGGACGGGGAGGACACCAUCCUCAGGGUCCCCAUCCAUGACAUCGCCGCCGUGUCCUACGUGCGGGAUGACGCCUCACACCUGGUGGUCCUAAAGACAGCCCAGGACCCCGGCAUCUCCCCCAGCCAGAGUUUGUGUGCAGAAAGUUCCAGAGGCCUCACCGCAGGCUCCCUGUCGGAGAGCGGAGUGGGGCCUGUGGAGGCAUGCUGCCUGGUGAUCCUGGCCGCGGAGAGCAAGGUCGCCGCAGAAGAGCUGUGCUCCCUGCUCGGCCAGGUCUUCCAGAUCGUGUACACGGAGUCCACCAUCGACUUCCUGGACAGAGCCAUAUUUGAUGGGGCCUCGACACCCACCCACCACCUGUCCCUUCACAGUGACGACUCUUCCACAAAGGUGGACAUGAAGGAGUCCUAUGAGACGGAAGCCAGCACUUUCUCCUUCCCCGAGUGUGCGCAUGCAGGCGGCGUGUCGCCCUUGUCCUUCUGCAUGCAGACGGCGCCCCACGCCAAGACGGUCAGUGAGAGCGAGCUGAGCGCCACGGCCGCCGAGCUGCUGCAGGACUACAUGCUCACGCUGCGCACCAAGCUGUCAUCGCAGGAGAUCCAGCAGUUCGCGGCGCUGCUGCACGAGUACCGCGAUGGAGCCUCGGUGCACGAGUUCUGCAUCAACCUGCGGCAGCUCUACGGGGACAGCCGCAAGUUCCUGCUGCUCGGUCUGCGGCCCUUCAUCCCCGAGAAGGACAGCCAGCACUUCGAGAACUUCCUGGAGACCAUCGGGGUGAAGGAUGGCCGCGGGAUCAUCACCGACAGCUUCGGCAGGUACCGACGGGCCAUGAGCUCCACCUCCACCUCCACCUCCAACGGGAACAGGGCCGCGGGCAGCUCUGACGACCAGUCCGCGCCCUCGGAGGGGGACGAGUGGGACCGCAUGAUCUCGGACAUAAGCAACGACAUCGAGGCGCUGGGCUGCUGCAUGGACCAGGACUCGGCCUGAUGGCGCUGGGACCCCUGCCAGCUGCCCUCCCCGCGCGGGGCCCCGGGCGCAGGUGGCUCUACUGUGGAGGAGGCACCCUGGUGCUGGGGCGGAAGGCCGCGCUGCGCCCCCCUGCAUGCCACCCUGCCUCGGGAGGGGGUCUUGUCAGCCAGACCCCGGACAGCUGUCAUUUUGCACAUGACGUUUCUAUUGAAACUCUCAGAGACCUUAAAAGAAGUUUACUGCAAUGUGGAUACUUUA